AUGGGACAGUCCUCUUCUACGCAUCGUGAUCCAUCUAACACUGGCUAUCCGGCACACCUUGCCCCUUUCUCGAUGCAGCGUGGCCCUAACUCAAGGGAUGCAGAAGACAUGAAUCAUAGACAAGCGGCUGAACACAACGGAGAGGGUGGUUUCUCACCCCGGACAAACGUGAACACACACACAAGGAGCGAUCAAGAUAUGCCAUCCGACCGGCCAGGUCGGUUCUCCGCGGGGGGUUCGCAACCCAUGAGGAGUAUCGAGGAGGAGGACGGGGCCGGGUAUGAGCUCCCACCCCGCGAAUACCGCACUGCAGCAUUUGCCCGAAUGGCAGCACGAAGACAAUCGACCAUGUCAAGGUUAGGCUCUAGGCUUCUUCCCAACUCAGUCAUUCGUGGACUUCUCAACAGUCAGGAAGAAACCCCGGCGGAGGGACAUGCGCAUCGACAUGGCCUAAUUCAUAUGCCCAUCCCAAGAUCCGAAACCGCUCACACAUCCGGUCGUUUUAGUGCGUUCAACUCACUCAGCUCCAGAGGAAUUACUCGGCGCCGAUCUGCUCAUGCUCCAUAUUUUAUUCCACCCCGCUCGGAGGCUGGUGGAAUUCCAGAUGCACCAGCAAACCCGACCUAUAUCGACUCGUCAUCUCAAAUACCCGAACCCUCAAGAGCAUCCUGGCGUCGAAGUGUCAGGCUACAACGCAUGCGCCAUUCGAUUUCAUCUCCCAUUUCACACAUGUUCGGUCAGCCACACUCAGAUUUGCAACCCCACGAAAGCCCGGAAUAUCCAAUGUCAGAUCCCUUAUUUGACGAUAGGGCCAUGGACACGCGUCUAGACUUCGGCGAGCCACCUCAUGAACUUGAUUCUGUAGAACCGGCCGUCCAGACUGGGGAGCCGGUAACUGAUUCAUCCCCUACCCAGCCAAGUCCUGCUUUGAUGCGCCGAUUGCCUGGGAUCAUCCGAGCGAGAUCAUCCAGAGUCAUGCGACGAGAGGAGCAAACACCUCUGUCAAGAGUUCUUCAGCUCGCCGCAUCCGCAAUUGCAGCUCAGCUAUCCGGCACUGCCGGCCCUGCGUUGCCUAAUAUCCAGGCAUUGGGCAAUGAUGGGUUAGAUGGCUCUUUGGAGAACUUCAUCCAGAGUUUGCAGCAUGCGACUUCUGCCCAGGCUCAACCGACUACAACAGGGGAGGGGCCGAGCACUGCUGCCAAUGAGGUACCCCCACAUCCCGUCAAUUUCUUGCGUGUGUUCAGAUUUGCCAAUUCAGAAUCACCUACGAACCCAGGCGCCUCCGGACAGAGCGCGAAUGGCGACCAGGGGACCCAGACCGAUGGAAUGGACGUCGACGAGCCUGCCGAAGGCGAAGGACGAACAGUAACAUUGGUUGUCGUUGGGGUUCGAUCCGUCCCGGCUGGAAACGGAGGUAAUACCGAGCAACAACAGCCUGCAAGUCCAGGCCCCGGCCUAGAUGCUCUGCUCGGCCUACCCUUUUUGCCGCCCAAUACUAAUCCACGGCCUCAAGAUGCCACUGGCGACCCUGCCCAACGGGGUGAUGUACGAUCCAGAUUGCACCUUCCGCGGCAGCCAGGCCAUGCAGGGCUACACUCUCCCGCCGGAACUACAGAAUUCCCACGCCCAUCAGUGCCCAAUGCCUUUAGAAGAAUGUCUGAUACCGGGCCACGUGCUGCAUUCCCAUCCUAUCAUCCCUCUGGGUUUUCCGAAAGUCCGCCAGGCCCGCACCCGCCUCCAUCAACCCCAGCAGAACAAGGCGUGUCCGCUUUAUCCUCCGGCACUUCCACUCCGAGCCGUAGACCGUCCUCUGCUUCAGCAAUUCCCCCAGAUGUUCUACCCCAUCUCCAUGAAGGCCAGGCAAUGCAGCCGCCGGCGGAGACAUUGGGAGAGCCUAUGGCAUUCAAUACCGCUCGUCAGCGACGCCGAAGCGAUUCUGAGUACGCCCGUCAUCGGGCCCUCGGCUCUGGUGCUGUUCGACGCAAUGGCAUGGUCGAGCCCGAUCAACCCCCACCAAGCGGAGGUCGCAGUUGGUUAAUCUAUGUUGUUGGGACUAAUCUCUCUGAAAAUCACCCGGCUCUGACGACACCAAGCCUGUUCACCGAUAACCCAACCUAUGAAGAUAUGAUCCUUCUUUCGUCACUGCUAGGUCCAGCCAAACCCCCCGUUGCCUCUCAAACCGACGUCAACUCCGCCGGCGGACUAUUCCGUCUUGUUGAAUAUGCAGGCUCAUUGGUCGCCGAAGCUGUGGAGGGCACCAGCACCAUUCAAAUCCAAGACGGGGAGCGCUGUUUGAUCUGCUUGAGUGAUUAUGAGGUGGCCGAAGAAGUUCGAGAGCUGGGAAAAUGCAAGCAUGUCUUCCACAAGGACUGCAUAGACCAGUGGUUAACCACUGGGAGAAACUCUUGUCCUCUGUGCCGAGGUCAAGGCGUCAACGAAACCCCCAGCAACGACUCCAACACCGACAACCCGGCACCCAAUACUGCUCCUCCCCCUGCUCCAACUGCAGAUGGCACAGCCGUCUGA